AUGACGUCACUUUUCCGCUCCACUCGCCAUUACAUUCCGGCUUCCGUUCGCUACGCCACUUCUCGCUUCACUUUGGACCCUAAAUACGUUGUUCCGGACGGGCGUGUACUCUCCAUUCAGCAGGGAAACGACCAUGAUUUGGAGCUGAUUUUGAAAUUCUUCAAAGCCAACUUUUCCGUUCAAGAGCCCAUUUCUCGAGCUUUGAAUAUCACGUAUGAGGAGCUGGAGCACGCCUUCUACAGACCUGUUUUCAAACAAGCGCUGCAGAGUGGGCUAAGCACGCUGGCGUUUCAUGGCGACGAAUUGGUCGCGGUUUCGACGGUUACUGUGGUUCCGGCGGAGAAAAAACAAGUCGAUUUGACGCUGAAAGACCUUGGACCGAGUAAGUUUUGGCCUGAAAAUUCUUUGUGACACCUGAAAAAACCAUACGAACUCCAGAUGGCCGUAUUUUACAAAUUUUACCUGCAGAAAAGCAAAAAAAUCUCGAAUUUAUAGCAAAAAAGGCUGAAAAUUCUAUUUUUUAUCUUCUUAAAUUACUUUUCAGCUGUUCUAAGCAGUUAUAAACUAUUCAAAUGUCCGUAUUUUACAUUUUCAACUCGUAUUUUACUUCUCUUCUCCCUUUUCUUCCACUGAGAUUCGAACCCGCGACUAUUCAACCACCGUUGCUUAACUCGCCAGAUCGGACGGGAUGACGUUUUCGCGAUUUUUUCGAAAUUCCUUUGGCGCCAAAUCGGCGCGGGUUCGAAUCCCAGUGGAAGCAUAAGAUGAAAAUACUCGAUUUUGUCUACGAAGUUGCUGUAAAAAGCAGCAAAAAUCAAUAAAAAAAUACUAUUUAGAGCUCACAAAAAAAUUUUAACAUGCUUUUUUUUGGUGAUUGCAUCUAAAAUUCAACAAUUUUCAGUGGUCGACGAGAAUAUGAAGAAGUUUGGAAUCAAGCGAGUUGAAUCUGGAUGUCUUUUCACUUUUUUGAACUAUUUGGAAACGGUUUCACUUCAUUUCUUGCCCGAAGGAACAAAGAAAAUUGUCAGAGCAGAGGCUGGGAGUGUCUGUCCGACUUUUCGAGGGUAAGUUUGAAGAUGUGCAAUAAUUGAAAAAAAUGCCAAAUUGGUCAAAAAGCAUUACAAAUGAGCUGGGCAGGUUCAAAAAUGGGCGAAAUGACAAUAUGACUAAAAUGCCCAACUUGCCCAAAAUUUCCAAAUUGCCCAAAAAUGAUGAAAAUUCGCUAAAAUCAAUAAAAAAAGGACUAAAAAAUCAGUUUAACAUAAUUUUGGGUAAUUUUCAGAGGUGAUGUUCGUCGAAAAUUGGCGAUUGAAACUUCGAAAUUGGCCGCGAAAAGAGGUCUGGAAAUCAUGGAUACAAUGUGCUCGGCAACAGCUUCCACUAAAGUCAUGAAAGACGUAAGAUGACUUUUCUUUUUCACCAAUUUUUUAAAACUUUUCAUUGAACUGUGCAGUUGGAAAGAAUUAUUUUUUUCGCACGGUGCGAAAAUUUUGUUGCUGGAAAUUGCACUGUGCAAAAAAUUUUCUGUAUUGAAAAACCGCACAGUGCGAAAAAAUAAAAAUAAUUUUGCACUGUGCGGACAAAAAUUUCGUGCUUUUGUUUUGCACUGUGCAACAAAUUUUCUGUAUUGAAAUAUCGCACAGUGCAAAACAAAAAUAAAAAUAAUUUUGCACUGUGCGCACAAAAAUUUUGGGCUUAUUUUUUGCACUGUGCAAAAAACAUUUGGAAAAAACGCACAGUGCAAAAAAAUUAAAAUCUUUUUUUUUCUGCACAGUGCAAACGAAAUUUUUUUCUUCAAUUUCAAAAAUUUUCAGCUGGGCUUCAAAAAGAAAUUUUCCUUGGUGUUUUCUGACUGCACGUAUCACGGAAAGCCGAUUUUCUCCAAGCCAUUGUAUGACAAUAAUGACUCGUUCAACGUAAUGCACGGAAAUAUUCAGCACAUCAUUCUACAGCCCUGCCCAAAGCCCGAAACUAUCGAGAAAUAUCUGAAGCCACAGGCGCAAGCAAGUGGUUAG